GGCACGGAAAGUAGGGCUCAAAUGAACAAGCUACAUUUGAGGCAAUAAAAAAAAAGCGCGCAUCAGAGUGGAUUAUGACCAUUUCGGAAGUUUUUUCCCCCCUGUGGUAAUAAAUAGGGUUGUCUCUGUGUAUGUGUAGCCUAUCGGAUUCUGGGAUGCGGAAUACGCAUCCAAAUGAAAAGAACGCCAGUCGUUCCGUUAAUCCUCGUCUAUCCUUUUUAUCUGUGGACUCGAAGCGGUCAGAUCACUAUGGGACAGCGGAGCGGUGGUACAAAGCCAUGCGGGUGAUAUUCCGGUCGAUGAGACAAAACCAAACCGUCUGAGAGACUUCAGUGGGCGCGCGAGGGGGACGCAUGUAGGGCAGGUGUGUGUGUGUGGUGUGUGUGUGUGUGUGUGUAUGUUUAUGUAACGCGCGCGCCAAAAUGUUCCUCUUCCUGGUGCUGGGGCUCCACCUGGCCACAGGUGCGCUUCUCCCCUCGGUGGGCGCGUGUCCGUCCCAGUGCAGCUGUUUUUACCACAACCUGAGUGACGGGUCUAAAGCAAGGAGCGUCAUCUGCAACGACCAGGACAUCUCCCUCGUGCCUGUCGGCUUCCCCGCCGACACCUCCAAACUGCGCAUCGAGAAAACGGCCAUUCAGAUCAUCCCGGGCGAAGCCUUUAACUACCUCUCCAGCCUGGAGUUCCUGUGGAUGUCCUUCAACGCGCUGUCCAGCCUAAGCCCGGACAGCUUCCGCGGCCUGCUCACCCUGGAGGAGCUGCGGCUGGACGGGAACGCGCUCAUCGCGUUCCCCUGGGAGACCCUCAUGGACAUGCCCAGCCUCAGACUGCUGGAUUUGCACAACAACCAGCUGACCUUUCUGCCGUUGGAGGCCAACCUGUACAUGAGGAACCUCACCUACCUGGACCUGUCCAGCAACAGCCUGCAGACCCUGCCUGCUGAGCUGCUGGCCUCCUGGCUCUCCGUCAAACCGGCGCAAGGGCCCGAGAGCUCCAAACUAAUACUAGGUCUCCAUGACAACCCUUGGGUGUGCGACUGCCGGAUUUACGACUUGGUCCAGUUUCAGAAGUCGCCGACUCUCUCGGUGGCGUUCAUAGACACCCGACUGCGGUGCUCGGCUCCGGAGAGCGAGUCCGGGAUUCUGUUCAGCGACGUGGAGUUGCGCCGGUGCCAGCUCCCUCGCAUCCACACCGCGGUGGCGCGCGUCCGGAGCGCAGUGGGGAACAACGUGCUGCUGCGCUGCGGCACCAUCGGAGUGCCCAUCCCAGACCUCACGUGGCGCAGGGCGGACGGCAAGUUGAUCAACGGAACCGUCCAGCAGGAGAUCUCCCAGGAGGGCAUCACCUGGUCCAUCCUCAGCGUGCCGGCCGUGUCCUACCGGGACUCGGGGAAGUACGUCUGCAAGGCCGUCAACUACGCCGGUGAGGCCGAGGCCGUGAUCUCCCUCAUGGUGUCCAACGGCCCCAAGGCGGACGGCAAUCAGACCGGCGCCGACCGCAAACCCAAGGCCAAGAAACCCAACCCGAUGGGCAAGGCCGCCUACCAGGAGAAACUGGUGGCCCGGUAUGCGCUCCCGGCCACCACCACCACCCCCCGCCCUCCGGCCCCGGAGCCCGCCGCCCCGCUGGCCCCCGACCGGGGCGCGGCCGCCGCCGGGCCGUCGGACGGCUCGGACGGCGGUCCACCGGGCGCCGGCCCCGCCACGUCCUCGGCCCAGGACGGCCUGCUGGACCUGGAGAAGACCAACCUCAGCAACCUGGCGGCCAACACCUCGUCCCUGCAGCAGGACCCCGACCGGGUGGUGCGCUCGGUGAAGGUGGUGGGCGACACGGACAACACCAUCGCCCUGAACUGGAGGGCGCCCAAGGCCAAGAACACCACGGCCUUCAGCGUGCUGUACGCCGUGUUCGGGGAACGCGACAUGAGGAAGAUCAACGUGGGGGCCGGGCAGAACCGGGUCACCAUCGAGGGGCUGGUGCCCCGCACCAAGUACAUCGCCUGCGUGUGCGUCCGGGGGCUCAUCCCCAAGAAGGAGCAGUGCGUGAUCUUCUCCACCGACGAGGCGGCGAGCGCCACGGGCACCCAGAAGCUGAUCAACGUCAUCGUGAUCACGGUGGCGUGCAUCAUCGCCGUGCCGCUCACCGUCAUCGUGUGCUGCGGCGCGCUCAAGCGCCGCAUCCAGAAGUACUGGGGCAAGAAGUCCAAGGACAUCCAGGACUCCUACGUGACUUUCGAGACGCUGUCGCCCGCCACCAAGGCCAAGGGCCAGGAGGGCGAGUACCUGACCCGGCUCAACCCGGAGGAGUCCAACCGGCUGCUGUCCGCCCGCUCCAGCCUGGACUCGGAGGCCACGGCCAAGAUCGAGGGCCAGCCCAACGAGUACUUCUGCUGACGUCAUGCUCCAGCUUCAGCCCUCCCCGCCGCCGCCGUGCGCCACCUGCCCGGCGCCCACCUGCACCGCCAUCCGCCUCCGCCCCAUCAGCAUCGCCGUCCUCAACAGAACCCGCACGCUCACACCCCGCACGCUGCCCCCCCUCCUCCGCCGGACCCCUCGCCCCAGCGGCAGCACCCACCGGGUCCCUCCCAUCCCCAUCGUCAACCGAACCGAGACGCACACCGUCAUCCUCCUCCGUCGCGGGACCAUUCGCCUCAGCAGCCCCCUCCCACCCAUCCCCAUCGUCAACAGGACCGAGACGCACACCACCAACCUCCUUCACGGGACCCUUCGCCUCCGACCCAUCCUCACCGUCAACAGAACCGAGACGCACCCCAACAACCUCCUUCCCGGGACCCUUCGCCUCCGACCCAUCCUCACCGUCAACAGAACCGAGACGCACCCCAACAACCUCCUUCCCGGGACCCUUCGCCUCAACAGCGGCACCAUCACCCCCAUCACUACCUCCCCGCCGCCCCCCGCCAUCGUGCGGAGGGCAGCCACCCCCCCACCCGCUCACACACCCCGCAGCCCUGGGAUUCCCCCCCGACGCCGGCGGCCCCCCGCUGGGUGAUGCCGCCCACGCCUCCGCGCCCGCAGCACGUCAACUUCUGCCGGAGGACGUUCGCACGGUGCACCAUCAUGGAGAUAUCGGUUUAGAGGGGGGGACUUUGGAGAAUUUCAUUCACUUUACUCACUUCCCUAGAGGUUUAAAGAUGACACGUGCACGGGUGACAUCCAACUCAAUAAUAUAAAGGCUGGAGCUCAUGACCACACUGAGUGUCAUGAAUCUAUUCGGAAGCAACAACUGUUUAUUUUUUAAGUGUACAGCAUAUUUAUUUAUACAACCAAAGCCUGCUAAAGAAACUCAUAGAAGGAUAAAGAAUCGGAGAAUCUUGGAAAUCGUUUAUAUAUUUCCGAUCAUUUUACGGACAACCCACAAAGACACCUCCACCAAACUGACCCGACGUGAAAGGGGAACGCGACCGCUGCGGGGAAUUCCAUUGUUUGUGUACCUGUGUGAUGCUGUAAAUACAAACCCCUGAUUAUUUACACUUGCAUAUUCUUUACCUCUGUAUAUAUAUACAGUAUAUAUAUCCAUCAAGUGGUCUCGGAGGAGAAGACACACACACCGAGCGAGGAGUGGUUCAACACAUACACACACACACACACACCACAGGAAGCAGUGGCAAAGCUGAAGCUGGAGAGAUAUGAGCAGAAAGGACUGAGCGAGACUCUGUGUAAAUAGGUGGCAAUGGACAGGCGAGGUUGGACGAGAAACGCUCGCGUUUCGUACCAUAUCUCUGGAUACGCUCCCCUGUUUUGUGCCAUGCCCCAUAUAAAUAUAGAUCUAUUUAUCCCCAAGUAUGUUUAUUUGAAUGGAUUUAAAUAAACUUUUAUAUUUAGAGUUG